AUGGCUCUGGCUGAGCAGGCACUUACCGUAAUAUCGGAGCUACCGUUCGUGUCAGCGAUUGUGGGUGGUCUUUUUCCUGGUCGUGCGAUCGUUGUGAGUGGUAUGGUGUUACAGUCUUUCGCUAGUGAUACAAAAAGGUUUGUCGAUUCUCGUCGUCCUACUUCGUUACCUCGUCUUUAUACAUCUUUUCAUUUCAAAAGUCAGCAGUCCAUCGGAGUAUUGAAUUAUUUUUCUGAGCCGUUCAGGUUUCAUAUCGACUUAUGUUGCGGCCUCUUGAUUCAGGGUGAUCAUAUGGAUAAUAAAGCACUUCACUUCAACCCACGAUUUGACUCCGGUGGUGGUUGGUAA